AUGGCUGCCUCCGGUGAUAAGCUACCUAAAAUGCAGUACCGUUUCCUCGGUCGAUCUGGACUUCAGGUGUCGGCGAUUUCACUUGGAGGAUGGGUCACUUAUGGGGACGCAGUGGGCGAUGAGAUUGCUUUUGAAUGCAUGAAAGCCGCCUAUGAUGCCGGAAUCAAUUUCUUCGACUGCGCUGAAGGUUAUGCCGAAGGCAAAUCGGAAAUUGUCAUGGGUAAGGCGAUUAGAAAAUAUGGCUGGAAGCGGAAUGAUCUAGUCAUCUCAACAAAGAUCUAUUGGGGUCAGGCCCAUGGAGACAACCCAGUCAACAACGGUGGCCUCUCACGGAAACAUAUCAUCGAGGGGGUCGAGGGGUCACUUAAGAGAUUGCAGCUGGACUACGUCGACCUGAUUUACUGUCAUCGUCCAGACAGACAUACUCCCAUCGAGGAAACCGUUCGAGCGAUGAACUACAUCAUCAACACCGGAAAGGCGUUCUACUGGGGUACAAGUGAAUGGAACAGUGAGGAAAUCGCCAUGGCCUGGGCAUGUGCAGAAAGACUCAACUUGAUCGGACCUGUCAUGGAGCAACCGGAAUAUAGCAUGUUGGCUCGUGACAGGGUGGAACGGGAAUAUGCUUUGCUGUACGAGAACUACGGUCUUGGCCUGACAAUCUUCAGUCCGCUCAAGCAAGGCAUUUUGACUGGGAAAUACAACGACGGCAUCCCCGAAGACAGCAGGAUUGCCAAAGCUGCGGAUGGGUUCACCACCACCCAAAGAGAGAGCUAUGGAAAUGAGCAAUGGAAGAAAACGCUGGCUCAGGUCAAGCAGCUGAUGCCAGUUGCGGACAAGCUGGGUACCGAUCAGGCCACCCUGGCGCUGGCUUGGGUUUUGAAGAACCCACGGGUGAGUUCUGCCAUUACAGGAGCAUCCAAGGUUGAACAGAUCACGAAAUCUGUCAAGGCUUUGGAUCUGAUUCCCAAGUUGAACGACGAGGUAAUGGCCGAGAUCGACGAGAUACUUGGGAACAAACCAACGGUCCCAUAUAGACGGUUGUAG